CCUCUGGGCCGAUGAGAAUAAACCUACUGGAGGGCGGGUCUAGUACUUUUCCCCACCUCGUCAUGCCAGCUUUUUGGCUUGCCUCAUCUUUAGGGUGAGUCAAUUUAAGGGUUUGUAGCUUCCAAAGAAGCUGCACUAGAACCUGAAGGCUUACCUGGCAGCGAAUCCUCUCCCCAAGACUCAUCUCAACAAAACCGUAGCAGAAAUAAAAUGGAGGAUCCGUGGCAAAGGGCUUAUGACUUUGCAGUUGCAGUGGCCAGAAAGGCGGGAGAGGAAAUUCGAAAAGCUGGUGAGAGUGAAAUAAGAGUCAUGACCAAGAGCUCCACUGUGGACCUUGUCACCAAGACUGAUGAAAGGGUGGAGAAAAUCAUCAUUGGGUCUUUGAAGGAAGAAUUUGGAGAAGGCACCCACUGUUUUAUUGGGGAAGAGUCUGUUGCAAAGGGUGAGCCAUGCAUCUUGACUGACAAACCAACUUGGAUCAUCGAUCCAGUAGAUGGCACCACCAACUUUGUGCACGGAUUCCCAUUUGUGGCAGUUUCAAUAGCCUUUGCUGUGAAUAAACAAUUGGAGUUUGGUGUGGUGUACAGCUGCUUGGAGGACAAAAUGUAUAAAGCGAGGAAAGGAAAGGGGGCAUUCUGUAACGAUGAACCCAUUCAAGUGUCUGAUGUAAAAGAUAUCCACAAGUCUAUUAUCAUUUCUGAGCAUGGAACUGAUAGGAGUCCAGAGAAAGUGACCAAAAUCUUUUCCACUAUGAAAAGGAUUCUCUGCAUCCCAGUUCAUGGGCUCCGAGGGUCAGGAACAGCUGCCACCAACAUGUGUCUAGUGGCAACUGGGGCAGUUGAGGCCUUCUUUGAAAUUGGGAUCCACUGCUGGGAUAUUGCAGCUGGAGCCGUUAUAGUCCAAGAAGCUGGAGGAAUCCUUCUGGAUGUUGACGGAGGACCAUUCGAUUUGAUGUCUCGAAGAAUGGUCUCAGCAAACAACGACACCAUUGCCAAACGAAUCAUCAAGGAAAUUGAGAUAUUCCCGUCGACAAGGGAUGACGCACCUAUUAAGAAAAAAUGAGAAGACUUUUAAGCUCAGCUUUUCUGAAUAUCCAUAAGGACUGGAAAAUGAGAACAAAAAACAACAACAAUAUUUUGAAUACAGGUCUAAAUUAAGUUACUUUGCUACAAUCAUCCCUGAUUGUCUAAGUGUGAUGUGAUUUUUUUUAACAGCACAUUUUGCCCAUCUAUAUAGUUCUACUAACCAUUUCAAGCUUGUAUUGCAUUUGAUUGCCUCUGUUAUGUGUCUGUCAAAUUGUUUAAUUAAAAGAGGAAUUGUUUGCAAGUUUUCUUUUCACAAUCAUAUAAUUAACUCAUUUUUUAUCAAUGGCCAAGCAUGGAUGUCUUUGCUUUGACAAUAAAACCAUUAAUCA